UUUUUUGUUUUUAGUUUCAAUCAUGUCAAAGGACAAUGGGAUCUGUAAAACUAUAUAUAAAGAGAGAUGGAGAAGAUGAAGACUAUAAACACUACAUAUGGAGUCUUCAGCAACUGAUUCAAGUGGUGGCCAUGACCAAAUUGUCUCCAAAAAAUGUAACUCUUUAUUUCCAGCCUUGAACAAGUAUCGAUUUUCUUCUCGACGGACACCAUCAUCUUCUUCCUCCUCCUCAUCAUCCUUCUCCUCGUGUUCUUCAUCUUUUUUAUCAUCGUCAUCCUGUAAUCCUGAUCAUCAUGAUUCUUCUCCUCUUAGUCAGGGCAACCCACUUCGAUUUUCCGGCGUCCCAUUUUCUUGGGAACAUUUUCCCGGAAUCCCAAAGAAACUAAACAGCAGCAAGAAGGAAUCAUAUUCCUCAUUGAAGCGUCUCCCACUGCCUCCUCCCACCACUACUACUACAAGUACACAAAAACCCUCGAAAAAGUUCAUCUUCGAUGACAUUGGGGUCAAUGUGAGGCACAAAAACCCGAAGGGACGUUCUAGUAAUUUCGCAAAGGAUCCUUUCUUAGCUGCAUUGGUUGAGUGUUCUAAAGAUGCUCAUGAUGACGAUGAUGAUGAAGAAGAAGAAGAAUCAAAUGCUAGCUUUUCAAGUGGUGCCAAGGUCUCAAGGAGUUCAAGUGAGAGGUUCGGAUUUGUCAAUCUUUAUACAUCUUGUAAGAGAACUUGUGCAGUUUCUGAAUCCAUCAUAGAUCGUCCAAGGCCAAGUAGAACUUCUUAUGAUCCGAUCAAUCGCCUAUUCCGAUAAGUUUAUGAUCCUCACAAGUUUAAUUUCCCUUUUAUUUUUUUUAUAUAAAAGUUUCUUUGGCCUUUGGUAGUGUGUUACCAAGUGCCGUAUAAAAUAUAUGCCUAUUUGCUGUAAUUCAUGUGAUGUUUGUGGAAGUAUGAGUGAAAUUUACAAGACCCCAUGUGGGAGCAGCAGGGUUUUUGUCCACAGAGUGAAAUUUAAAUUAUUUUUCUGGGAGACGACACUCUUAUUAUACAAGUUAUAUGGGGGUGUAUGGAGAAUUGGGGACCU